ACGCCUUUUUCUCGCAGCAGUCACCAUCGGAUAGAAUACAUUGUUCAUGAUAUGAACUGGCGUCCGGGAGCAUAAUGCUAAUUGAUAAAUUCAGUGAAUGAGCUGCUUCCCUCCUAUAAAUUAUUGAGCUCAUGGUCUGCCUUUUGCCUGUUGGUGUGCACCAAUGAUGCACUACUCAAACUGGCUCAUUGACGUGAAGAACAGAGCAAGCCUAAGAAAUGCAUGCAGGACAACCCCUGACACGGGCUGGAUUAACAGUGUGCGGAAUAACGGCGUGGACACGCAGAACAACAACCUGCAGCCUAAUGAGAACAUCUCAGAGCUUCUGGUCACGACCCACCUCUGGAGAAAAGGUUACAAAAUAAUCAAGAAAAUCGGGGAGGGCACUUUUUCCGAGGUGCUGAAAACUCAGAGCCUUAAAGAUGGGAAGUUUUAUGCUUGUAAAACCAUGAAGCAGACAAUUAACAGUCUGGAACAGGCCAACAACCUGCGGGAAGUCCAGGCAAUGAAGAGGCUGAGCCCUCAUGCAAACAUCAUCCAGCUGCAUGAGCUCAUAUAUGACAAGGCAACAGGAACCGCCUCUUUGAUAUGUGAACUGAUGGAGAUGAAUAUCUAUGAGCUGAUACAAGGAAGACAAACACCCCUGCCUGAUCAUACGGUGAGGAGCUAUAUGUACCAGCUUUGCAAAUCCCUGGAACACAUGCACAGCUGUGGGAUCUUUCACAGAGAUGUAAAACCUGAAAAUAUUCUCAUAAAACAAAAUGUUUUGAAGCUUGGUGACUUUGGCUCAUGUCGCAGUGUGUACUCCAAGCCGCCUCACACGGAGUACAUUUCCACGCGGUGGUACAGAGCCCCAGAGUGCCUCCUGACAGAUGGAUAUUACAGCCUGAAGAUGGACAUCUGGAGCGCUGGUUGCGUCUUCUUUGAGAUCAUGAGCUUGAAUCCUCUCUUCCCUGGAACCAAUGAGUUGGAUCAGGUGGCCAAGAUCCACAAUGUGUUGGGGACACCGGAUCAAAGUCUGCUGCAGAAGUUCAAACAGUCUAGAGCUAUGCAUUUUAACUUCCCUCCAAAGAAAGGAACGGGCAUCUCACGGCUGCUCCCCAGCUGCCCAGCUCCGGCUCUGUCGUUGCUUUAUCAGAUGCUCGCUUACGACUCAGACGAGCGCAUCACUGCAGAAACAGCCCUGACGCAUACAUACUUUAGGGAAAUCAGGAUGGGAGAGAAGAAAUCAGAGAUUCCUCAGAGAGUUGCUGAGAAUUUGGACGGGACAGGAAACAGUGUGACGCAAAACUCAUCAGAGCAAAUCUGGCGACCGACCAGACUGGGCAAACAACUGAGAGGAAGGCACCCGAGGCAGACACCUUUAAUAAACCACAACAUGAAGCGAGCAGUAGACCCUCUCACCAGGAGGAACGGCCUCCGUCCAGCAGAACUACCCAAGCUCAACGUUGCUGCUCAUGGACCACAGUUUGCAUUCCCAUUCUCCACCAUCCCUGCAUUCACCCUCCAUCAGAGAGGAACACUGCCACCCAUCACGCCAAAAAAGUGCCAGUCACAGGUGCUCAAGCCCCAGGAUGAGCCACCUUGUAUAACCUUGAAGACCUUCUGCAUGCCACCUCUAGAACGGAAACAUGGAGGAACCUGAGAGCCAAAACCAUUCAAGUAUCAGAAGAAAAUCUACCUGCAUAAACUGGACAGACCUGAAGAACUGAGCAAUGUUGUUGUAAAAUGUGUAAAACAUCAUAAGCCCUCAUGUUGGAGAAAAGUAACGUCCUAAAACUCAUCUUCUCUGCUGGAAGACAGGUCCAAGAGUCCCACAAUUCAAGAAAUAAAUAAGUCAUUCAAUAAUUA